GUGUCUGCCAGAGAAUCCUGCUGCUGAUGUAGAGUGGAGAACAAAGCUCCAACGCUGGUUCCAGGCUCGUGCUGUAUGGACAUCGUCUUCGCAGGAAUAGAACCACUGGUGUCCAGCUUUCUGUGUCCGUCUGUGUUGUGUCUACAACUCGCGUUUGGUCUGAUCGACAAAGGCUUAGGUACGUCACUGCAGAUCAUCUCCCGAUUCAACGAGUGCUCUACAAAGGCUUUUGACCGGUGCCACGAGUAGUCUGAGCAGCGGACUUUGGGCUGCGGUGUGGAAGUGUGCUGCAGUGCUUCGUCAUUGCAGCAGCUUCCAUCCUAAUGUCGACUUAUCUGAGUCUGUAUGAUAUCUGUCUUCGCCGUGCUGAGCUGCCAGCACCUCGAGCGUGAUCCUGCUGGCUGAGGAUAUCAAUGUGGGCGCGAUCAAUUCAGCGUUGGAAUAAGUUGAGGGCAAGGUGAAUACGCAGGCGGCCAUAUCAAAGAAUCAACUAUCCUUGUCUCAAAGUGGAGAUGGCAAUCACUAGCAUGGGACACUACAGCGGCCAGAAUGAAGUAUUUACGGGGAAUGGGAAUACCUCUGAUUCGUUUGCGGCAAUGAUCGGACCCUGCUCCCCUCAUGUAGAUCUUCAAGCACUACGAAGGAGUGGAGGGGGUUUGGGAGAUGAUGGCCAAUCGCAAGGAGGUGGACAGAAGCGGCGUUACUUCGCCAGCUACGACGCCCCCAAGAUGGAAGAUGGACCGGAAGAUGCGGACGAGGGCACUGAAGAUGGCACGGGAAAUGGGUCACAGCUGGAGAAGAAGCGGAGGCUGACGAUAGAACAAGUCAGGUCGCUUGAGAAAAAUUUUGAAGCGGAGAAUAAGCUGGAACCUGAAAGGAAAAUGAGGUUGGCCAAGGAGCUGGGACUGCGACCGCGUCAAGUGGCGAUCUGGUUUCAGAACCGACGCGCGCGCUGGAAGACAAAACAGUUGGAGCGCGACUAUGAGACGCUGGAAUCGGACUACAAGAGACUCAAGGCGGAUUACGAGCAAGUAUUGAGUGAGAAGAAUCACUUGAAGGCCGAGUUUUCUUUCGAACAGCUUCAACGGAAAUCCAGAGACGUUCCAGCAUCCAAACAAGAUGAUAACAAUCUAGGCUUGGAGUCCAUCCAAACUCCUGAAAGAGACCGACAUGUGUCAGAUUCUGAUGCAAGGCAGCUCAACUCCAGGUCGUCUCCGACAGUAGACAUCUCCCGUGUGAAAGACGAGAUAAGCGGCAGCACCGAUGGGAACUCCAGCGACAUCGUAGACGCGGACAGCCCUCGAACCACAAACAGCAGUCGAAAAUCAGUGAUACAGAGCUCCGACUUCCCGCCCGAGAGCUUGAUGGGACACCCUCAAUUGCUAGACACCUAUCCUGAAGAGAAGAUACGAUUAGACACCGCCGUAAAACUGGAGGACAAUUUUCAUGAAGACCAGUCAUGUAAUUAUCUUCUGCUCCAUCUGGACCAGCAAAGCGGGGUCCUCCCGUGGUGGGACUGGCCAUGAAUCAACGUCCACGAGUUCAUGUACAUACUAUUCCACAUGAUUUCACCUCAAAUUUCUAUGAGGAGCCACUCAUCCCUAAUAGGACCGAGACACCACCACUAACAAAUCAGCUGGAUUAGGAUUCGAUGUUAACAACCUGCAGUCAUCCUCCACCUGGGCUCGGAAUUCGGUGAGCGCUAUGACUUGUAGAUUGGCUCUUGUAAAUAAUUAUCAGAUGCUUGAGCAAUCGAAUUUGCAGUAAUUUGGCCUCGCACUGAAAUAAAUGAGUUUUUCGAUACAUUUC